AUGUGCUUCCUGCUCCUGUGCCUGGCCCUGACCCUAGUGGGGACGGGCGCUGUACCCCCGCAUCCAGGUGUCCAGAUCCAUUCCCGGAUUAUAGGAGGUUGGGAAUGUGACAAACAUUCCCGGCCCUGGCAGGCACUUCUGACCCUCACGGACAAGCACCAUGGAAUAUGUGGGGGUGUCCUCGUGCACCCCCAGUGGGUGCUCACAGCAGCCCACUGCAAAAAGACCAAUUAUAAGGUCUUGUUGGGGCUUCACGACCGUUUCUCAAAUGAUGGCACAGUCCAGGAAGCCCAGGUCAGCGCCAGCUUCCCGCACCCUCUCUACAACAUGACUCUCCGGAACCUCCUGCAGAAUAACAAAAUGAACUGGACCUACUACCAUAAGACCUUCUCUGGAGCGGAUUUCAGCCACGACCUCAUGCUGCUGCGCCUGGAGAAGCCUGUUCAGCUAACGCCUGCAGUGCAGGUUCUGGACCUGCCCACCCAGGAGCCCCAAGUGGGGAGCAUGUGUUAUGCCUCUGGCUGGGGCAGCAUCGAUCCAAACUAUGAAAAUUCCAACAUUCGUCCUGAGAAGCUCCAGUGUGUGGAUCUCACGCUCCUGUCCAAUGAUGUAUGUUCCCGCGUCCACAUGUUUAAGAUGACUGAGGUCAUGCUGUGUGCUGGAUAUAUGAAGGGCGGCAAGGAUAGCUGCACGGGUGACUCCGGGGGUCCACUCAUCUGUGAUGGGGUAUUUCAAGGAGUCGCAUCCUGGGGCUCUACCCCAUGUGCUCAACCGAAAAAGCCUGGAGUCUACGUUAAAGUAUUCUCAUACAUCAACUGGAUCCGGGAGAUCAUUGCGACACACAGCUAA